AUGGCGACAAGUGAGAAGCUUCUGCAGCCGCCCAUCGACCUCCGCUUGCAUGUGGUUUUGCUGCUUUGUUUGUUGGCUGCUGCAGUUUCCAUCAUCUCAUCAUUCCGUUUGAUGUGGUUGCACCUCAGAGCUGGGCAGAGGGUUACUGGGACAGUCACACCUGCGCAGAGGACCUCUGACGUGAUGAAGCUGCUGGCUGCACCACCCAUGUUUGCUAUAACUGUCCUUUGUGCCAUACUCUUUGUGGAAAGUGCACCUCUAUGGCGCUUCCUGAUGACACUCAUCCUUGUGCAUGUCAUGAAAGGUGUGCCACAUCUAUUUGUGAGCGUGGCCCAGGGGCCCGUGCACUUGCAAAUGCUCAUAAGGAAGUAUGCAGAAAGCAGCAAGAAGCCUCUACGUCUCUACGGCGGCGCGCCACUUUGCUGCCUGAUGCCCUUCUUCCAGGAAAGAGUCCCAAAGGCCAUGGACCUGCCAAGGUUGAAUUCUGGAAUUUGGCAGUUUUGUAUCAUCCAGCCUAUCUUAGCUUUCGUUGAGCUAUUCAUUGCUUCCGAACGAGCUGCAGGGGCGCACUUCCUUGGUCUCUUUGCUGACCGAGCUCCAGUCCUCAUGGUGAUCAAAGUAAUCAGCAAUCUGGUUGCCAACUCUGAGUGUCGAGGCCUGGCAACGCUCGUUACUGCAGUUGUGCCUGGUGGCGGUGGCCUGCAGUUUCAAGGCAAGCAACGCUACACGCAGGUGUUUCUGUGGGGCAUGAACCUGCUUCCAGCUCUUCUGCACGCGUCACUGGCCGGUCUGUUUGGUGUUCCAGAUACGAUGCAACUGAAGAAUGGCCACACUCUUCACCCUCAUGAGGUCAGUGGCCUCCUGACGUUCGUGGUGGUUUGCUUUGCUACCCUUUUCGGUGCUCAUGCCGCAUGGCAGGCUUUUCCCGUCGACAACAAACUCUAUCCAGAGCUCUCUGCAGGUCUGUCCGAAAACUUAUCAAGCACUGCGGCAAGCAAAGGUCUGCACACAGUGAUGUUCUGCCCCUUUUGUGGAUCCCAAGAUCUUGCAGUCGGCUCACAAGUCCUAGGAGGAGGCGACGUAGUGAGAUGCUGGCACUGUAGCAUGAGUGGUUUCCCAAUGGAGCUUGAAGCUAUGAAGGAAAGAACUCAACCGUAG